GUAUCCGUAGCCGAACAGUGCGGAUAGCGCGUGCCGUCAAAAGCCAGAUGAAUAAGUUAGCGGGGUAUUGUUAUAACUCCUCGAUUGUUAAAUUCGCCGACUCUCAUCAAAUGGCUUUAGUUUAUUUCUCCCUGUUUCUGUGUCAAGGUAACAAGACUUGAAACAAUAUUCACGCCGUGAAAUUGGCCUUGGUUGGAACAAUGACGUCACAGCUCUGGUCCUCAACUCCAUGGAUUGAUUCUGGCGAUACAUUGCAUAAGCGCCGUGUUCCAUACAUACAAGAUGCCACCUACCUACACACUCUCGAUAUCUGGCAGCCAAAAUCUCUGGAAGGGUCUUCGCUCCCAACAGCAGACGUGUUGCCUCAAGGCAAAGGUCCUUGGGUCGUCUAUAUCCACGGCGGGGCAUGGCGAGACCCGCUUGUUGACUCUUCCUCCUUCGAAGCUACUGCCCUCAAACUGCUGAGCGACAAAAGCACGCCUGUCGCAGGAGUCGCAUCAAUCAAUUAUCCUCUUUCAAGCCAUCUCAAUCAUCCUACGCACCCCGCACCACCUCGCGAUUCUUCGGAGCCUGUUGAUAUUGCCCGACAAGCGAAGCAUCCUGAUCACAUAAUCGCUCUACUCACGGCUAUCUCAUUUCUACAAAAUGAUCUUGGAGUAGCUCAUGAUUAUGUCCUGUCAGGUCACAGUUGCGGCGCUACCAUGACUAUCCAGACAGUAAUGAAUCCCAAUCACUGGUUGGGUAAUGCAAAGGGAAUUUCGGUUCCGAAGGUGAAGAAACCAAGGGUCAUAGCUCCUCUUAACGGACUAUAUGAUCUCGCUGCCUUUAUCAACAACCCGCCAGAAUCUCAUAAACAACUCCAACAACUAUAUACCGACUUCACAAAAAAUGCAUUCGGUGAUGAUGAGGCGGUCUGGAAGGCUGUCUGCCCUACCAGUGUUGCAGACUGGAGCACGGAGUGGCCUGAAGGCAAGGUCGUCGUUAUCGCCCAGAGCAAGGGAGACGGCCUUGUCCCUUAUGCACAGACUGAACUUAUGAAGGAUCACCUCAGAAAGACGUCAACGCUUGAGGUUGUUGAGAUGAAAGCUAGCGGUGAUCACAAUGAUCUGUGGAAGCAAGCCGAUGAGAUCGUAGAUAUUAUAAAGUGCGCAAUCGGGUAUUUAGCCAAGCUCUGAUUCAUUGAGGAAUGGGACAAUGGAAAAUUCAGUUUAGGUCAAGUAGUCAAGUUUGAAAUCGAGCAAGUCUCCUCAACAUUGAAUAACCUAAAUUUUCGGCAUUUUGCUGCCAUCCCUCCAUGAUCCCAUCACUGAUUUUAUUUCUUUGCGGCUAAGUUGGCCUUCCUUCUUUUUAAUAUACUUGAGAAUAUACAAUUCGAUCUUCAG